ACACAACGGCCUUUCCCGCCAAAAUCGCUGCUAUUCCAUUAAAUUUGCUGAAACCGAAGCUCGAUUGAGAGAGAGAGAGAGAGAGAGAGAGCUUUUCCAAGCGAUCGAGUUGCGUUCUCAGCCUUCAGCAUCUUCCUUCGGGUCAAAUAGUCACCUAUGGAUUCAAUUAAGGGACAAGGAGGCAUCCAAAUGCUACUAACUGCAGAACAAGAGGCUCAACAGAUUGUCACUAGCGCCAGAAAUUUAAAGAUGAAAAGAUUGAAGCAAGCUAAAGAUGAAGCUGAGAGAGAUGCAUCACUUUAUCGUUCCCAUUUAGAGGCUGAAUACCAAAAAAAAGUUUCUGAGACAAGGGAUAACUCUGGAUCAAACGUAAAAUGGCUUGAAGAGGAAACUGACAAAAAGAUUCAAAUCUUGAAAUAUAUGACCUCAAAGGUUUCCGGAGAUGUUAUUGGUAUGCUCAUCAAAUAUGUAACCACAGUCCGAAAUUAAUGCAAGGAGAUUUACAGCAAACCACUGAACUAGAGAUCAAGCUUAUAGAACGACCUUCUUGUUGUCAUUGUAUGUUGAUUUUGGUUUAUUAAUAAGUUGAUAUAGGAGUGAACUCUUAACUCUUUCUUAAUAUUCAGGAAUCUUAGAGUCAAAGAUGUGUUUUUUUUUAUUCUUUUCAAUCUAUCAGUAUCUUUUGGAAAAGAUUGUACUUUUCUCUUUGUAGGCAUAGUAUUAAAUAUUAUGAAAGGUUAAUUGUAAUA